CACACAGACAAAGCAAUUGUAACUUUUCAGCAGUUCCAGAAAAGCCUUGAGUGAUUACUGACGUUAUUCUCAGCAGCUCUAAUCGUCUCAGGCCCGUCCUGUUCAACCUGUUUGUGGUUUGUAAAAGUCCAUUCUCUGCAUCAGGAGGAGGAUAACAUUCCUGCAGCAGGGCCUCGCUGUUUGUGCAGUCGUUCCUGGUAAGAGCAAAAGGAUGGAGUGAGAUAGUCAGAGAGAGUUGUGUUGUUUGGAGACACUGAAAGCCGAUUACUGAUGGUAGAUUUAUCUAUCUUAUAUUUAUAUCAGAUUAACUGUUACUGAGAGGCGGCAGUGUAUCUGAGGAUUUGACCUCAACAAAACUUGAAGGAAGCUUCCUGCAGACCUGCUGAGAAACUUUCACUUCAAUUUAAGGUCAGUGAAAAAACACUUUCAUAUCUGUUUCUCAUUUUGAUUGUUUCUAUUUACUUUGUCAUAUUUGAGAAAAAAAUUUACUAAGGGACAAAUUAUAAGCGACAGGCCUCAUGACACAAAUUAUACAACUGAUGGCAAAAGCUCAGCAGACAAAAUAACAAAGCAGAGAAAAUGAUUUUUUUUCUUUCAAAUGGACAAAAGUUGUCCAUUGAUUGCUCUACUUAAAAUAUAUUAAUAGGAAAUUUCAAGGCUAUUUUACAGAAUGGGUAUUGUUCAAAAUACCCAUUGAUCAAAAAUGGGGACGGUUAAAAUUAUGUCCAUCUUUCAAAGACAGGUGAACUGUUUUCUUAAUUACAGGACCACUGUCUUGACCAAAUGAAGACUUAAAAUUUUUUAAAGAUUUUUAGGACUGAUAAUAGAGGUGGAUUUUUAAUUUUGAGCCAGUCGUGACUGUUGAUCAUAACCUUCACCUGACAGCACACACCAAUAAGAUUAUCACUUUUGUCAUUUGCAUUCUUGUUUUAAAACAAUAUGUAGUUUAUGCAUGAUUGAGUGAGCAGUUACAUGUGACAAUAUUACAGAGCACUAUUGGUGCACUCUAUAAAUGAAGAGUACUUCUGACUCUUGCACUGUUAUUCACUAACCAGAGCACCCUUUUCAGUCAUGUCUGUUUUUUUUUCUUGUUAGAGUCUUGAGUAAGAUCCUUUACAUUUCAAAAGACGUCAAAAAUGUCAGCACCCUUAUGUGCUAACAAAUACUGGUGGAUUUAACAGCUUUGUUUUUUAAAGUGUGCGGAGUGUGAAAACAUAGCCAUCUAGCUCUUAAAAAUCUCUGCAAAAGUGCUGUCAAACAUGACCUCAGGAGAAUAAAAAAUGAGAUGCUUUUCAAACAACGCUGCAUGCUAAAAUAGUCUGAGGUCUUCUAUUUCUGAGCAAGUUUGAUUUUCAGUGAUCUUGUGUUUAGUCGCUUAAGUUUUGGGCUGGUUUGGGUAAAUUUUAGAUUGUUGAAACACUCACUCCACUCACCAUGUUUCUUGGUACAGAUGUCAGCUGCAGCCGGUGCUCUCUCUCAUAUCUUCUCAUAAGACUCAUAAGUUUUGGUGUCUCAAACUCCAGGACUUUUCCCCUUUUAGGGAAACAGUGGCAUUUUUUUUGAUAAAAAAAAAAAAACUUGCUCCUUGUGAGGUCAAUUUGACUCUUAUCUCCUGGUAUUAAGUGUGCUGGUUCUUCUCCUCAUUACAGACGGCACACUGGGAAAUAUUGUUUUCAGAAUGUGAAAGCUUGUUCAUAAAGAAAAUUCUACUUUUUUUCAGUGUAUCAUGUAAUAUCAUGUAAAAUAAUACAUACCAAGCUGACUUUAUAACAUCUGUAGUUGUAAUGUAUGUCAUGGCUGCAUUGGUCAAUAUGAUUGUGUGAUGGAUUAAAAGAAAAAAAAGUCUAAUAUUUUUGUUACUUCUUCGAUAAAAGAUAUUAAUUCCUCUAUGUGAAUUCCUCAUCAAAUCUUCUCAGGUGUCCAAAGAAACUGUCGGCUUUAUAAUAUGAGGCAAUGAAACACUGUGUCUACAAAUCAUUCUAGUGUAAUGAAACAUUUGACUGCUUGUUGUCCCUCAGGCUAAAGUUUGAGCUCCACCCUUUUCUGAUUUAUCCACAACUAUGUCGACGAACUACAUUUCAUUGCAACAUGUAUUCUUUUACUCUUCUGUAAAAGUUUGUGUGAAAUCUAUUCAAUACUUUCAGAUAAUCUAUGGAAUAGGAGUCACAGAGAGGAGAAACAGAUGGAGAAGAGGAAGGAAGGGGCGAGGAGGGCUUCUCAUAUUUGGUUGCUGCUGCUGGCUCUGCUCCAAAUCUACACACCCUCUUCAGGUAAAUAACCACAGCAGGGACUCUUCACAUUAUAAUACUUAUUAUUGUUGUUAAUACUGGGGCGUAAUGUUUCCAUUACUUGAAUAUGGUAAGCACAUUAGAAGAGCAGCUUAAAAUAACCUGAACAAGGACGUCAAAGCACCAAGCAAAAUAUUUGUAAGUGAUCAUAUGAAGAGGAAGACCAGAAAGAGAUCAAAGUUUCAUCAGACUCCUAAUGAAGCUUGCAUCCUGCAGGAGAACCAGAGUUUCCAUUUGUUAGAAUAUUCAAACCAGGGUUUGCUUACAAGAGCACGAUCAGCAACAGGAAGCCUGAAGGCUCUUACCAACAACAAAUCAAGAAGAUUGUAGUUUGAUUUGCUUGUAGCAACAAUUUACUUGAUUUCCUGAAACAGAACAUAGAAGCAGAAAUUCUCUCUGUCUUCUUAAGUUUUUAAUUCCUCUCUAACUGUAUUUCAUGUUUUUUUUCAUUUAUUUUAUUCAGUGGUGUCACAAUCAACCACCAAUUCAACUCUGAAUACCACUGAUGCCACCACCACUCCAGCACCAAACCCUGCAGUUCUCACCUACCGCACACGUCCCGCCAACAUGAAAGUGGCCGUGGGAGAACCGGCAGUGUUUUGCUGCGGAGUGCCAGACGCUUCCCCCAGCCUCAAGUUCACUCUCUAUGGAGGUCAUGGCAACUACACUCUCACCUGUCCUGAUGGUCAUGUAGAGGAUAUCCCUGAGGUGAGGCAAGCGCAGGACUGGUUUUAUCCUCAUUUUGGACAUUAUCCCUCAAUAACAUUAUCUUAGCAGGAUACAGUGAUCACGCAGCUCCUCUGAAGUGAAAGGUUGUUUGUUUUCUAAGUUAGAACUGAAAUUAAAGAAUCGUGAUCAUAAAGCGUGAUUAUCAUUUUGUAAGUAAUUUCUAAUGAUCAGUUAUUGUAUAACAAUCAUCUGAAAGCACAGGUGGUUGUAGUAGGACCCAAUGAUUUCCUGUACACAGCUAAUAUGACCUUUUAUGUAACAUGUUCAACAGCAAAAAUUCAACAAAUGUUACAUUUGAUGGUCAAAAAAGAGCAAACCGAGCUGGUUUGGCACAGUUUGAGGAGAAGACCCCCUAUGUACAGAGGCUUCGGUCCUCGUCACAGGGGUGAUGGAUGAGAUUCGGUGCGUGUCACCCUUCUCUGUUCCUGUUUAGUCAAAAAAAGGACUUAAAGCCCCAAAAGACACAGUAAGGUCAGGGUAGAGUAAUUAUCAAGAAACACAAGACAAAACAAGCAAAGACUGUUUUGUUUACAGAGGGCACCAAUUCCAGCGGCGACCCAAAACUCCUUAUCUGAGCUUAAAGUUCAAAUGAGUUGGUGAGUUUGGUCUCACUAGAUGAAGUCUGACUCAACAUGUACAACCACUAAACCUUUAUCACUCUAUAAGUCAAAAUCAACAUUUUAAAUUCAGAAUCAACAUUUUUUGUCACAAAAUUCAUUACUAUCUUUCUCAUACAUACAAUAAAAUCUCUCAUUUUCCCUUCUUCUGUCAGGCUCUGUAUGGAAACUGUGAAAUGAAGAAAGGAGAAUCGUUGGCUGUUUGGACCAUCAAGGGAACUUCUUACUCAGACAAUGGCACACGAGUCGAAUGUCAGCAAUCAAACAACCCUGAAAAACGUUCUGCUGUCCUACAUGUUUAUGGUAAAGACUCUUCAGAAUGCUCAAGUAUUAUCACCGAAUGAUCUUCUUUAUCACAGCCUUUCCUCACAGUGAUGAAUCUAUAACCUAUCAUGUGACAUAUCUAUUCAGGAAUACGCACACUCUCUUCUCUUGUCCCGUUUCCUUCACGUCCAGAUAGCGGCAUCAACUACGCCAUCCUCAUCGGCUGUGUCAUUGGUGGGUUUUUUGGAACGCUGUUGGUGGUUGCUUUGGCGUUUGUAACACUGCAGAGGUCUGAUACUGUCCAGAGGUGCUUCAGUAAGUAGGCUUUUGUCAAUUACAGCAAAAUGUUAUUAACACACACUGUAAGUAGAAGGCUGUAAAGUAAUGUGUGAUGUGUCUGUGCUCUCAGGAGGAGGAGGAGGAGAAACAGACGAUGAUCAAACCACGAUAGUAACAAAGGGAUAAGAGGGGAGACAGAGAGAAGAAGAAGAUUUUGCCCUGAAAACACAUCAAUAGAUGGAGCUGUUUUCGUUUUCAACCCUUUCACCUAUUUAAGUGAUGUGGCAGCUUUGGACACGUCUGGAAAUGAUGACUGAAUGCUUCAGGUUGGAUCCAGUCUGAAUCCUGAUAUCUUCACUUUCUGUUGUGCCACCAAUGUUUGGAUCUUGCACAGGCUGCCCGUAGUGUGACAAUUAGAGUCUAAAUGCACAUAACUCAGCGUAGAUGAUUCGACUAAGUGACUGUCCUUCACUUUUGCAGGGAUUUUGUACUUUUUGCACUUUCUUUAUGGCACAUACAUACAAAAAUAAAAUGUGUUGUUUGUCCAUAAAGCUGAGAGGCUUCUGUCUACAUUGUAGGAUUGAAGGAAAAUGAAGGAAAAGUUUGAAUGUGAAGUUGUUUUUUUGCUCUUAUAGCUUAGAGAAAAUGUCAGCUCUCUGCAGCAGGAAUAUCUUAUAAAGAUGUUUCUUUUGCUUUUUUGUGGUGUACUCAUCAGAGUUAAUCAUGCUUUUUACUGUCUUAUACAAGCCUUGUUUUUGCAUAAAGGCAAAACAUAAUGGUCUUUAGUCUUAGUUACCAAAGGUGAACUCAUGAAUGUUUGUUUGUCUGCUUAUGUUAGUUUCUGUCUUGUCUUUGGAUGCCUUUAGGAUUAGACAUCCAUAAAACACCCUGCUCACCACAUGAGAUUUUCCUUUGAGACGGAGCUCAUUGUCAGUGUGUCAAAAGGCUCAAAUAAAUAUAAAUACACAAUAAAAUAUACAAUAAAAAUCGCC